AUGUCAACUUCCAGCAGCAACAAUUAUGAUUAUAGCUAUUCCUCCAGCUCUUCUGACGAGGAUUCCAGAGCUUCUGUCGCCAAAUCGAAAGCUAAGACAACUCAUGACGAGGGGGAAAAUCCUAGCGUACCCCUUAAUGAUCGGAGGGUCACUUAUGCUGAGCUUUUGAAGAGAAAAGCCGAGGAUGAUGAGGCAGAGGAUCGUCAGCGUAGAAAAGAUCGAAUCCGGCGCAAAAUACUAGCGGCUGAGGAGAGACGUAGAUUCGUCGAUGGGGUACCUUCUGACUCUGAUGCUGACGCUUCCGAAGAGGAAACUACGUGGGUGUUACCAGAGCACAAGAUCAAGCCUGACCGGCAUACCAGAGAGUUCCAAAAGACUAUGAAACAAAUUGAAGUUGAAGCUGAAGCAGAAGAAGACUCGGACUCGGACUCGGACGAUCCUUAUAUCCAUCCAAACUUCAUCAAUGGUCCUGAUGGUGAUUCCGACGAAGAGGAGGAUUCCGAGAAGGAUAGUGAUGACGAAUCUGAUAAAUCAGAUGAAUCUGACGAAAGAAAUUUCGAUUGUCAUACCUUUCAGUCGAAGCAUGAACUAGAAGCGUCUAUCUCGGAUAAUCAGAAGAAUCCUUCUUCUCACACUUUGAGGCCCAAGCGGACUGUUAGAGUCCCUGCCCGGUAUAGGUCGGAUCAUGUCGAGGCUGGAUCAUCUGCGGAUGUUCGUGUCGUUGUUGAUGAUAGAAGGAGAAGGAAUGGAAAGUCCGUGACUGUGGUUGAGGUUGAGGAUAGCAGCCACCGAGUCUGUGAAGACUCUGCAGAAUCCGUGGAGGCUGGAGACAGGGCUCAUGCUCGUGAAUAUCCAACAGUUGGACUUUUAUUUGAAGCUCCUAUAAUCAAUACUUUCCCAGACAAUUAA